AGAAAAUGAAAGUAUACCUCCAGAUGAAUGGAUUGACAAGUCUGUUUCACUAGCUUAGCAGAAGCUACGCCCACUCUUUAAUACGAUUUGCGGAAGCAGCGGGUUACACUGCUGCUGCCACAUAACAUGUGAUACAUGUGUUAUGUGUCGGUGUCGGGAUUUGUUAUGCUACACAGCUAGUUGGCUAGUUAGCUAGCAAGCUAGCUAGCAGGCUAUCGCCGCUAAUAGUGCUAACUUAAAAAAAGCGUUGCUGUCAAGUCGGAAUAACAUCCGGCUUUAGAAAUUAUCGUAAAUCAGAUGACCAGCAAGCAGUUCUUUGUCCGGUGCUCAUAAUCGAUCCGCUGUCAAUAUGUAUUCGAGGUCAUUGUUACCAAGUAUUAGAACAAGCCGCCUUGAAGUAGAUAGUAAUAACAGGAGCUAGCUAACCUGAGUUAGCCAGGUUACAGCUCGGUGUCCAACGUCAACAUUUCAAGCAGUUGGCAGUGGGAGGAACGGUCUCAAGCAAGCUAACUAGGCAGCCAUCAGCUAGCCGGGCUGGCUAGGAUAACAGUUUUCUAGCAUCAACUAUUAGCGACAGGAUAACGUUUCCAGUGACAAUGGCUAACGUUACAGACCUGCAAACAAAAUACAGCAAGCUGGCACAGGAGUACUCCAAGCUCCGUGCCCAGAAUCAGGUGCUGAAGAAGGCAGUUGUGGAUGAACAGGCCAGCUCUUGCUCCCUAAAGGAGCAGCUGAAGCAGAGGGACCAGAGCCUGAGGAAGCAGGAGCAGGAGAUGGACAGUCUCAGCUUUAGGAACCAACAGCUGGCCAAGAGGGUGGAGCUGCUGCAAGAGGAGCUAGCUGUUAGUGAAGCCAAGGGCAAAAAGGGGAAGAAUAAAGGAGACUCCCCCUCACAGCAUGGCCUGGAGACCCAGAGCGUUUUUGAUGAGGACCUGCAGAAAAAGAUUGAAGAGAACGAGCGACUUCAUAUCCAAUUCUACGAGGCAGACGAGCAGCACAGGAGGCAGGAGGCUGAGCUGAAGGCCCGACUACAGGAGCUGGAGAAAGACUCUGAGCAGCACCAGGCUGUCGUGGACGGACUCACAGCUAAGUACAUGGACACAAUCGAGCGGCUGCAGAGUGACAAAGCACGUUUAGAGGUGAAAGCACAGACCCUGGAGAGGGAAGCAAAGGAGUGCAGAAUGCGAACAGAAGAGUGUCAGCAGCAGUUGAGGCGGUGCCAGUCAGAGCUGAACAGACAGGUGAAACAAAGCAGCAGUGUGAUCCAGGAGAAAGUGCCCUUCAACGACACCAAAUUUAGCGACUACAACAGCCUAAACGUGCCACCACACAAUCGAAGGCACCAGCUCAAGGCCCGGGACGUGGCAGGUCAGGCGCUGAGCUUUAUUCAGGACCUUGUGGCUGCUCUGUUGAACUUCCACUCAUAUACAGAACAGAGAGUGCACAUCUAUCCCCGGGACUCCUCCAUUGAACCCAUCUCCCCUCUGAACCAGAAGUUUUCUCAGUAUCUACAUGAGAACGCGGCCUAUGUGCGCCCCCUGGAGGACAGCUUCCUGCAGUUACACCAAAGCAUCACAGAGGACACGGUCACAGUACUGGAGACUGUGGUCAAGCUGAAGAGCUUCGCUGAUAAUUUCUCCUCAUACACCCACUUUCUGCAAAAGAUUCUUCCCUACCAGCUGAAAAGCCUGGAAGAAGAGUGCGAAGCACCUCUUUGUACUGCUGCCCUUACUGCAAAAAACCAGGAGCUGCAGAGUGACAUGAAGAGAGUAACAUCCGUGUUUGAGAAGCUGCACAGCUACAUCAACAUUUUGGCCUUACCCAGUGUUCGUCAGGAUGCCGUGCCACAGAGCAGCACCUCAGCUGUCUUCACCCAGCUGGCUGCCUGCCUACACAGUCUUCACGAUGCCAUUAAAGAGAUGUCAAAGCACUACAACCAGAAGGCUAGCUUGGAGCAGGAGCUCCCCACCGUCACCCAGAAGCUGUGUACCACGUCAGAGUGCCUGCUUGGAUCUUUGGGCUCUCUGACCAGUGGCACCGCCAAGAUUGCCACUUUCUUCAGCAACAACUUGGACUUCUUCACAUCAUCAGGCUACAGUCCAAGAGGCAGCACAGCAGCUCUCAACCCUUUGCAAGCAGAGAGUAUGCUGGCCAACAAAAAGAAAGCAGCUGCCUAUAUGCAUGCUGUCAAAAAGCCUAGGCCACAGUCUGUUCCAUACAGAGAAGCCCUGUCAAAUCGUCGUAUACUUACCAGCUCGACUGAGAGCAGAGAAGGUCUCACUCAGCAGGUGCAGCAGAGCCAGGAGAAGAUCGCUCGGCUGGAGCAGGAGAAGGAGCACUGGCUCCUUGAGGCCCAGCUGGGGAAGGUGCGGUUGGAAAAGGAGAACCAGCGCAUUGCGGACCUGGAAGCGCAGCUCGCGGCAGCUCUAGGGGGAAGUCCAAACUCGCAAGCAGCUGCAGCCAGCACACUCUCACAGAGCCAUGAGGAGGCAGAGAAUGAGCAGAAAGCUGCAGGGAAAGAGACAACGCUGUGCACCAGUCUGGUUGGCAUGUUGUGCACAACACCUACAGUUGAGCAUGUGGGAGACGAGGAGUCCAGAGAGCAGCUGAUAAAGACUCACUACAUGGCCAGAGUGGGAGAGCUCACCACCCAGCUCCAGAUUUCAGACAGCAAAGCUGUGCACUUUCACUCAGAGUGUCGAGCUUUGGCCAAGAGAUUAGCCAUCGCAGAAAAAUCACGGGAGACUUUGAGCGAGGAGGUCAAACUGGCUAAUCAGAACAUCACACGCUUGCAGGAUGAGCUGGCUACGACAAAGAGGAGCUAUGAAGACCAGCUCAGCAUGAUGAGCGACCACCUGUGUAGUAUGAACGAGACUUUGAGCAAGCAGAGGGAGGAAAUCGACACGCUCAAACUGGGCAGCAAGGGAAAUGCCAAAAAGAACAAAGGACGCUAGAGCUGACUCAUGACUCUGGCUCCAUUUGGCUGCACAAAGGGCACCUUGAGAGAAGAUCUGGACUGUGGAGCCUCCCAGCAGCAACCUGGUACCAACACCAACACUGUCACCAAACAACAGGACCGGCUACAUCAGCCUCAGAUUCCACUCUCGGGCAGUGGAAAUACAAGUGAACUGUAAGGAGGCUUGAACGUGUUUGACUGAAGAAGCCUCCUUUUUUCCCUUUCCUUGUCUCAGCACCAGUUAUAACGUGAUCUGCUUAAAAUGCUUUCUGAAACCGUACCGGAAGCUGCUGCUUGACCUUUUGGCCGAAGCAGGGUGGGAGAGAAGCAGCUUUUCCCCAAAAGGGACGGAGGAAUAUAAACAGUUGGCAGUGAUCACUGAAGUCAAGACUUGAAGACCAAACCCUGUUGAUCAGUGUGCAUAUUUUUCCUGCUUGACGUGUGAGAGCAAAUGAAACCUUUCAUUCUUAUCGUUAUCUGUGGGAGCAGGCCAACAGAGCAAAUGUUGGUGUGGCAGGGUGUUGUCUAAUUGUGUGACUGUGGCACCAGGCUUUACAACAUGUGAGUAUUGUUUUACACUUAGAUUUUUUUUUUUAGGGUCAAAUUUAAGAUGAUUUGUGCAAGUGGUUCCAAGGGCCUCUGUGUCUACAUGCAGCAUAAAUACCCCGUAUAACACAUGCAUAUGUCACAAGCUUCUGUAAAGAAGGGCUUUAAAACCUGAAUGAACAACACACUUGAAUUCAUUCCUCAUUUUGGAAAAUUUUCAGUCCUCUGGGAGUGGAGAAAAAAAAGAUGUCUGCCUUGAAGCACUGAUUAACUGUGUUUACUUAGACGAAAAGGGUAGGAUGAACAAGUCGGAGCUUGUAAAAUGGUGUCAGUCUCUGUGAAGUUACUCUGUAACAGUAGUUAUUUUUAUCACCAAAGUAAGUGUGGAUGUGCACUCAGAAGCCUGAUGUGGCACAGCAGUCUCUUAAUUCAUGUUGUAAUAUGUAUGGGCAAAAAGGGUUAAUGUGAAUAUACACUCAUUUGAAAUCAUGAUAUAAUUGUACUGUAUAAUUUCUAAAAAAUAUAUAUAUUGAAAAAAGGCAUUUAUUCAGAUGUUACAAAUCUUUAUUUUCCACAACUUGUGGAAAACUGAAUCUGCAGCUAGUUUUUCUGUGUCUCCGAUAAGGUUUAAUUAUCAGAGACACACAAAAGCAUAGAGGGCUUGGCCCAUAUUGUAACUGGUGCUUUGACAACCUGAUUCAUGAGUCAUGGCCGAGUGCAGUUUAAGUUUACAGUAAAAUAGAACCUCUUUGGCUUGUACUGACAUGAGGUAAAAGGGGGGAAGCCCAGCAGUGGUUAUGAGCAGUUCAUUCAAGCUUUCUGUUUGCCAGUCUACACCUGCCAGCAAACCUUUGGCCUCAAAGAUUUGCCAACACGCCCUAAACUGAUGAAAAAAAUAAUAAUACUUGUACUCUCACAAUGUAACCUGUUCAAAAGCACAUAAAAAAUAUGUGAAACACAAUAAAAAGCUUGUUCAUUUAAA